AUGAUCUGUAUAAAAGUCAAGUUCCCAAUUAAGAUUAUUUUUCCAAAAUUUAUUAAAAAUAAUAAUAAUAAAACCACCAAAUACUACUACGCCGAUGGAACAGAAAACGACCAAGACUUUUUCUACAAUGACGAAUUUUAUGAAGAAUUUCAUAAAACUCACAACCCACCACAUCUACAAUCACAACCAAUACCACAAUCACAACCACAAUCACUAACCCCACAACCACAACCACACCACCACCACCCACAACCACACCCAUACCCACACCCAUACCCACAACCCCAUCCAAACCCACAACCAACAACCAACUACCAACAACCACUACCAAAACCUCCUGCAUCAACACCUAAUUAUAAAAAACAAUUGGAAAAUUUUCAAGAAUAUCAACUACUUCAACAACAACAACAACAACAUCAACAGCAACAACAACAUCAACAGCAACAACAACAACAACAACAACAACAACAACAACAACAACAACAACAACCACAACAACAACAACCACAACAACAAAAACAAGAACAUAAGAAUAUUGACUCGGGUGCAGUCACUAUUCCAAAACCAUCACCACAACCUGGACUUCAAGCUAUAAGACGUUUAAAUAAACGUUUGGAGCUCUACCAAUUAGAGAAUAGUAGAGACAUCCCAGGAGAUGGUAAUUGUCAGAUGCAUGCCUUAUCUGACCAACUUUAUGGCAACUUGAACCAUAGUGCCGAGAUAAGAAGAGUCAUUGCCACAUGGCUCAUAAGUAAUAAAAAUUUCACCCUCCCAAAUGGUGCAAAACUACACCAAUUUGCAAAUACCAAUAAUUGGAAUAGAUAUUGUAACCAUAUGGCAAGAGAAGGUACUUGGGGUGACCAUUUAACACUAAUUGCUGCUGCUGAAAUUUUAAAGUCAAAGAUAACAGUUAUUUCAUCAUGUGAAUCUGAUAGCAGCUCUUUCAUUGAAAUUCUUCCAAGUUCAAUUGAAAAUUAUAGAGCAAUUAUAUUAUCUCAUCAUGACAAACACUAUGGUUCUUUGCGCCAAAUGCUUUAA